AAGUGCGCCCUCUAUCGCCAAUUAUUGAUUAACGCAAUUCAGGUGAUGCUGACGAAUUUCGCCCAGUGUCUUUUCCAGUUGCAGUUGACGUUUUGCAAGGGAUAAAACAACUAAUAAAGUGGGCCUUUGUGAUAAAAAAGUAGCGAUAGGCAAGAACGUAUACUCUUGCACUUUGCAGCCAGAUUUUUUUGAUGCCUUAACAUUGCCCUGUGUAGGAUAUCCUACUAGUCAGGAGUCUGCACAGUAUUCAACAGAUGCAGAGUCAGAGAUCUCAUACAGCUAACCUCAUGGCCACGGCAACGCUCAUCCACACUUUGAAGUCCCACAGCUCGGACGUCAACUGUUGCUGCUUCUCGGCCACCACUGUCGCCUCCUGCUCUGGAGACAAAUCCGUCCGUCUCUGGAGCCUGGCGGACUUCAAGGAGUUGCCCAUCUCACCUCUGCUCGGCCACACCUACUACGUACACUGGUGCGUCUUCAGUCCCUUCGGCACCAUCCUGGCAUCCUGCUCUACCGAUGGUAAGAUCAUCUUGUGGGACUCUCGUACUGGAGAGUCUCAGGCCGUAUUGCAGCAUCCAAGUAAGGCUAUCGUGAGGGUCUGUGUCUUCUCUCCAAACUCUGAGAUGUUGCUGACUGGCGCAGCGGAUAGCUCUCUGUGCCUGUGGAACGUACAGAAUAAGACGCUGAUCAGGACUUUUGAUGGCCAUGAAAACGUCAUCACAGCAUGUGCCUUCACACCUGACAGCAGCUUUGUGGUCUCAGCCUGUGCCUCGGGAGAUCUCCGCAUAUGGGACGCCCUCUAUGGCCAGAAAAAGUCACUCUUCUUCGACCCAGAGUGUCAUGACCUGGGAGUGUCAUGUUCGGUCAUCUCCCCAACAUUCGGUUCAGCAGAUCCCAAUGCUGAGAUCAACAACGAUCGCAGAUCUUACCUUCUGGCCACCUGCGGAGGGGAGAACCUUGUCAAACUCUGGGACCUCAUUGUUUUUCCCGCCUGUAAGACCAAGCUUCGAUGCAGUAUGACCGGUCACACAGCUAAGGUCAUGGCAGUUGCUUUCUCACCGGAUGGUGGUCUUCUUGCAUCAGGAGCUGUGGACAAGAUAGUCAUUGUAUGGAAUCCGAUUGAAGGCAGCAUGCUCUACACAUUGGAAGACCACUCUCGUUACGUGACGACUGUAGCAUUCUCCCCCGAUGGACGAUACCUGGCCAGCGGCUCUAACGACAGGACGGUCAAAGUCUGGCUGCUGCACGCGGAGGGGGAAGCCCCCAACCUGUCCCUUCCAUCUGGUUCCCAACAAGUCACCGGUACCCUGCAAGGUGCUGAGAGUGCUCCACCAAAGAAUCUGCUUCUGGAGUGGUCAAUCGACGACGUCUGCGAUUGGCUGAAAGCACAGGGAUUGGAGGAAUAUGUCCAGAGUUUCCAUGACAACCAAAUUGAUGGGCAGGAGUUGCAGUCGCUGAACACAGAUACAUUGGUCAAUGACCUGGGAGUCAAGGCACUUGGGCACAGGCAGAAGAUUCUUAGAGGGGUUCAGGUCGUCAGAGAGAAAGGUAGCAGUGGACAAAUCUUAGAUGAUGGUAUACCUGAUGAGUAUCUCUGUCCGAUCACCCGUGAACUCAUGAAGGAUCCGGUCAUAGCUGCAGAUGGUUUUUCCUACGAGAGAUCAUCCAUCGAGUCCUGGGUGCGGAGCAACAAGACCAGCCCGAUGACCAACUCGCCCCUAGUUCAUUCCAACCUGACUCCGAACCGCAGCUUAAAGAUGAUCAUUCAACGACUCUACAACCUCUGAAGUCACAGCCGAACAAAACGUUUACGUAAUGUAGACAAAUUAUCAAUUAUUUUACUUUAAAAGACUAUUGUGUUGUCUGAAUAUCUCAACUUCUUGUCCUGAUAUCCUAAAUACAAUUUUCUUUAGUCCUUCGAUUCAAAUCAGUAUGUGUCUCCAUUUGCUAAAGAAAUGUAAGCCCCUGAAUUGUGAUUAGAGGGUCCGGGGUUCCAAUCCAGGGGGUCAAAUCCUUGUGUUGUGUCUUGUAAGUCGCUUACAACUAGGACUAUUUUAGGUGGUGGCUUUAUCUUGGAAGUAACACACAGUGAAAUGACAUCUGAUCUGUUCUGUAUAAUCUAUAUGGUGUAUUUAUUAGCCUACAGCGUAAUUUAUUGAAAUCCUCCAUUGUUGUGGAUUGGCAAUGACAAGUCCCUAAAUAGUUGGAGUAAAGAGGCUGUAGAAUACACAAUGG